GCAGCGGACGCGGGGAGGAGAAGAGGAUGGUCGGGGAUGCGGCGGUCCUCCUGCUGCUGUCCCACUGCUUGUCCCGCGUCCUGUCACAGAUCCCGGACCCUGAGCUUUUACCCACAGACCCCCCAAAGAAGCCGGACCCCGUCACAUCGGAAACCGUCGUGUUUUGGGGGCUGCGCUUAUGGCAGGUCAUCGGCAUCUUCGCCGUCUUUGUUUUAGCGAUUGUGAUCACCCUGUGUUGCAUUUUCAAAUGUCGAAUCCCGAGGACCAAAAAGGAAAUCGAAGCGCGUCACGCGCAGCGACAGGCCGCCAAGAAAUAUGCCAACACGUUGGAGACGGUGCCACCUCUAAACGAGCUGACGGAGGUGCCGGGAUCCGCUCCCGACGAAUCCGCCGUCCAGACGCUUUCUGAGCAGGUCCAAAGCGAGAGCCGUGGCGGCAGUCAGCUCUCCCUGGUCGGCCUCGCGGAGGAGCCGCCCAGCUCGCUCGCGUUGCCGGAGACGCCGUGAUCUUCCUCUUAUUCUUUCUUUUUCUUUUGACAAAACCUCUCAGUUUGUACUCACGCGCUCUGGCCAUGUAUGGGAAAACUGCUUCCUAAGCAAUUCUCUUUUAUUUUACACCUUUAAAUGCAACAUUUAAACACAUUGUUUUUUUGCCAAUAUGUUAGCCUAACAUGCUUGACUCACUCUAAUGCCACUUCAGUGUACCCUUAUGAAGCGUUUAUAGAUGGCUUAUAAAUAGGUUAUAAAGACCUAAAGGCUUUCUUCGGGCUCGCAUACAAUUAGUAUAACCAAUUCUAUCUUUUGUUAACGGCCCAUUUCCCAAAACGUGUCUGCGAGUGAAUGUUGCAUAAUACUACUAUGUUGUUUGCAGCAGGAGCAACCACAUUUUGACACGCCUGUGUAUACCGCCGCAUGCGCCACAUGCGCAGAUCCAUGCCACUAAUCGAAAGCUGUAAUUCACUGAUUUGGUGAUGAAGCGCUGCCUCUCCGAGAAAAAAUACAAUCCAUAUUUAUAUGUCUUCGUGGGGACUCUUCAGAGUGGUUCCAGGUGGUUUGAGAACGAGUGGCCGCUAGCCCGGUCGCAGCUUCCUAGCUCCACCCCCGGUCGUCUUGAUCGUGAAAGCCCAUUGGUCCAGUAGAACAGGGGCAGGCCCUUUAAUGUCAAAUACAAAAUUUUGGCCACAGAGAAUUACUGUUGAAAAUAAUGUAACAAAUACAUAAAUAAAUACAAGUAUUUUUCAUGCAUUUUUCAUAACAUAUUUGUAUAUCUUUGCAAUAUUAUCAUAUUAUGUCUUUGGUGAUUGACUUGGAGUAGUCACAGCGCGGUAUCCGUUUUAGCUCGUUAGCAAAUAUAGUUGCUUGCCAAAUAGAAUUAUUCGUGACUGCUUGCCAAAUAGUGAGCCCACCAUUGGCUCAGUUGCCACUGUUCACUGUGGACAACGUCCAAGUAGUUGUCCUUGCAAUAUAGUGUGCAUGAAGCUUUACAAAGUUUUUUGUUGUUGUUUGUUUGUUUGUUUGUUUUUUAUUAUGUUGUGCGUACACACUUGUAGCAACUCCAAGCACGCAUUUAGCCGAUGUUUACAUAACAAAGAGAAUGUGAGCGCACAAAAGUGCAACGCAACGUUAAGGCGAUGCGUGCACAUGGAUGACGCAUGUUUGUGUACUCAUAAAUAAAUCCCGUUAUUAACACUCUCCUCUUGUGCUGUCCGAUCAAUAAUGCCUUUUCACACACAAUUGUUGCCGUGUUUGUGUGUGUGCGCGCGUGCACAGUGUGCUG